CGGGAUCUGGCUGAGAGUGGGCUGAUCGAGCAUGGUUCCUAGAGGCUCCCGGGGGACGAAACAGAGCCACAGCCCGAGGAGGGCGAAUGCGUCUUGCUCGCCACCCACGUCGACCGCGGUUUCUCCUUGCCCCCACAUCCCUUUUUCCGUGCCUUUCUGAACUUCUUCGGAGCUCAACUCCACCAUUUCUCUCCCAAUACUAUCACGUACCUUGCUGCCUUUGUCUCACUGUGUGAGAAUUUUCUGGGCUGCCGACCGCACUGGGGUCUGUUCAAGCACAUCUUCACAUGUCGCUCGCAGACUGUGAAAAAAGCUAGCCCGAGUGACGAGAAAACCCAGGUAAUCUAGAUGUGUGGGGGCUUAGGCAUCCAGAUGCGGGGGAAGAGUGCUUUUCCUGCGAUGACUCUCCCUGACUCGGUUAGAGGGUGGCAGUCGACUUGGUUUUAUUGCAAAGACAAGUCGACUCCUGGCCACUCGACUGGUCUCCCUCCCUUUUCUUUGGCGCGAGUCCAGAAACCCACCACCUUGAAAGUGACUCCAGCAGAGAAGGUGGAGGUGGCCAUGUUGAUGGAGCGAGUAGUUCAGCGGAUUCAUGAGGGUGUGACUGGAAUGGAUUUACUCGAGGUAUUUCUCAGUCAACGUAUCCAGCCUCUCCAGGCUCGUGAUCACUCGAUGUGGAUGUACGCGGGGAUUGAAGAUUCCACUAGGAUCCACCUGGAGGAUGUAGAUGAGAAGACGGUGGCGCAGUGGGUGCAAGGCAUCACAGGAAACAAGGACAACCCCAGGGGUCCCGAAGAGUUUUGCCAUUCAACACCAACAACCAACCAGACAAGAUCUAUAUGGAGACAUACUCAAUGCCGAACGGGGAGCAAGGGCAGUACCAGGAAGGAGAAGAAAGCGGAGGCAAAAGCAUGGAUUGUCAGUCUGAUGGAGGAGAAGGGGAGGAGGAAAGCGAGGACUCGAGCAGUGGCGAAGAAGUUGAGUCACCACCUCGCAACGGAAGGUGUUCCAAGAACAAGCAUGACCCAGCAAGCGUCUGUGGCAAAGUAGCUCUGUCGACUGGACAGACUUCCAAGCGCACUCGAACCUCUUCCCCUGUGCCGAAUGAAAAGGCUUCAAAGCAGCCCAAAGUUGCAGCAUCGAAGUCUCGGAAGACCCUGCCCAAGAUCAGGAUCGAUGUUCCCGUCGC